CCCGCAUUUAUGGAGGAUCAAAAAAAGUGAAGCCCGUAGAACAAAUACAAAUAUAAAUGCAAAUACAUAGGAAUUUGAGGGAGUCAAGUGUAAAAAUCCAAAUGUAUGAUCACGCACAAGAACACUCGUAUAAAUGGUAGUUCUACACUUGGCUCAAUUGGUGUGAAGUGAUCCUUCCUUUUUUAUAUGCCGUUUCUCUCUCUAGCUGCUAGUAAGGUGAAGGUCAUCAUAUUGUAUUGGUGAACAUAUAGGCAGAGGAAGACAUGGGAAGGCUAUUCGUGAUCACACUUGAAGGGAACAUUUAUAGUUGCAAGUACUGCCAAACCCAUCUCGCUCUCUAUGAGGACGUCAUCUCUAGGACUUUCCACUGCAGGCAUGGAAAGGCAUAUCUCUUCGAGAAGGUUGUGAAUGUUACCUUUGGAGAAAAGGAAGAAAGGAUGAUGAUUACUGGAAUGCAUACUGUUGCUGACAUCUUCUGUGUUGGGUGUGGCUCAAUUGUGGGGUGGAAAUAUGAGGCUGCUCAUGAGAGGAUCCAGAAGUACAAGGAAGGGAAAUUUAUUCUUGAGAGGUUUAAGGUCUUGGGUCCUGAUGGAAGCAACUACACCGUCAGCCAGGAAGCUCGGGUUGGUGGCAGUGACGCCGAUGAUGCUUGAUUAGCCUCCCAUUUUUUCUUUCUUCUUUUUGGGCUGACCAUUAGGUUCAAAAUUGAUAGUUUGUUAUUAACUGUAUAUACUUCUUCUCCUUCCCGUUCCCACUCUUGUCCAAUCCUGCUAAUUGACAUCUUACUUUGGUAUUUGAUGCCGGCAAAAGAGACAAUAGUAUUUUGAUAGAAUAUAGGCUCGAUUACCAAACCCUUAGGAAGAUUGCAAAUUAAUAACCUUAUAAAUCACUUUCGUUGGUCCCUCGAGGGACGACUUUCAUUG